AUGAAAUCACUGAAGUUCUUACAACUUAAAAAUCGAAACCCUGGAGGUCGACAGAGUAUUAGACAUAGUUUUGCUUUUUUUCGUUCACAUGAUGAAGAAAACUUAUCGAACAUCCCACAACCAUCAUCACAUUCAUCACCGUUAACAUCAACAAACAACAACACCGCCACCACCAACCCUAAACAAGAUAACCAUAAUCGCCAGAGUAGGGAUAUAACCUCAACGUUAAAAACCUAUCUAACAAAAAAAAAGCAAAGGGCUAGUCAUUACCGAAACACGCAUACCAGUGAGAUACGAGCCUCUGUUGUUGAACCUUCAUCUAUUCAUGAUUUAAAAGAGGAGAUACAACAACGGGAAGCUACACUGGAAACCUUGGAAAAAAAAAUAAAAGGCCUGGAGUCUCAAAAGGAUAAAGCUCUCACAGAAUUAGAAGAAGCACAAAAAAAUUUACAAGAUAACGGUCAAGAAAUCACCAAUCUCGAAAAUUUGCUCAUUGAACGAGAUCAGAAAACAAUAAAGUUGACAGAGACGCUGGAAAAAGCCAAAAAAGAAAAGAAUAAUUUAAUAAAUGAAUUGGAUAAAAUAAAAUCAGAGUUAAGAGUGCGCGAGAAAGAAAUUAGCGAGUUAAACUUUUCAUUGUUGGAGUGUGCACAUGAAUUACAAACAGUCAAAUCAGAUCUAACUGCGACAACAGAAGAAAGAGACCUGGCGUUAUUGGAAUUAGAAGAACAAUCGGCAGAUCGAGAAAAACUAAUAACAUCACAUACAAAUCAAUUACAACAAAUGAAAAGAGAGCUGGCGACAAUUCAACAUGAUCUACAGAAUAAACAGACCGAACUUGAAAAUGUACAAUCGAAAUUUAAUGAAGAAAUAGAAGCAGCGCAAGAAAUGUGCACGGCAGAAAUAGAAGCAACCAAAGCGAAAAGUAUGGCAGAAUUAGGUGUUAUAAAGGCAAAAUAUUCUGCAGAGCUCCACGCCGCCAAGGAAGAACAUGCAGACGAACUGGAGUCCUCCAUGGCUCAACUUUCCUUUUUCAAAUCACAGCUUGAUUCAACAAAAGCACAACUUUCCUUUACAAAAUCAAAACUUGAAUGGGCAAAAGCCGAUUUAUCAUCAAUAAAAUCUCUAUUAAACACAGCAAAAGCAGAUCUUAUUGUAUCAAAUAACAAGUUAAAGAUAACGACAGCAGAGUUGGAAGCAGCCAAAUCAGAAAUUGAAGCGUAUGUUGAAAUGAUGGGCUAUAGAGAUGGAUUGACAUCUUUUAUAAUACAGAUUUAUCAAGAAGAUAUAAAAUCAGAAAAGGAUAGAAUUGGUUCGGAAAUCGAAGAAAAACAAGAGCAAUUAAGCAAGAUUAAAUCAGCACAUGAAAAAGAAAAAAAAUCAAACAGCAAAACAAUCAAACAAUUGAAUAAUCAAGUUCAAAACUUAACAAGCUCACAAGUUCAAGAAAAAGCAAAAAUAGAUCAACUUGAGAAUGAAAAUUCAAAAUUAAAGAAACAAAUUGAACGAUCAAAAGUUCAAGAAGAAAUGUCGCGUUUACGAUCAGAGGUGAUAGCAUUAAAAUUAGGAGAAGGACAAAAGGAACAAGACAACUUCACACCAAUGUUGAAUGAGAUGGCUAAUAUAAAACAUAUAAUUGCGCCAUUUUCACCACCUGAAUCACCAUGUGAAUCCAAUGAUUUUUUCCCAGAUCUCGAUAUUCCUACCGCACAUGAUGCCAUUAAUGGAAAUGCUGUUAAUGGUAGUGAAGAGUGGGUCACGGUGAAAAAACGUGGCA